AUUUGCCAGCCAGACCACCAUAUUUGCAUACUUAAAACAAAAAAGAGAUUGAAUUGGCAAGUCUGGUCUGGUCUAUGCAAUAUUUAACAUUGUGAUUUAUUAUUUUGGCAUUUUAUGAUGAGUCAGACAUGCAGUCUCAAUGAGAGUAGUGGGCGAUUUUUGUGAGUAAAAACCAGUUUCACUCGGUAAACAAAGUCGGUAAUUCGGUCAGCCGACUGGCCGUUCCCUCUUCGCCAAUUUAUACGAAAUUUUAUAAAGAAAUAUAAUAAUUGGAAAAUUUUCUGAAAUUGAAAAUUUUGCUUUGGGUGUGUACAAAAUAUGGUCAUCACAAUAAAUUAACCUUGAGGGACUUCCUGGAACCUACCUACCGGCUGUUUUUAUUUUUUUAACCUGAAAGUUGAGUGCGAGAGGCUGAUUCCUGAUAACUGGGUGACGACACGAGGCUAAAUCAUUACUGGACUUGGUGACGUGACGAGCGGUCACGACUACGGAUACUCAACAAAGGAGGACAAAGUGCGGAAAUUGCUAGUCGGUUGAUGGAUUUAUUUACAACGAUCCGAGUUGUGAAUAAAGUUUCGACAAUCGUAAAUAAAUCCAACUGGGACAGUUAACGCCGAAAUAGUAAUUCUCAAACCUGAUAACUAAUCUCCUUCAAUCAUGGGUGGAGUCUCCUAUCUCGAAUACCUUAAUGACCCGAGGUUAGUUGCAAGAUUUCAACGAUACUUUGGUGUCAAUGCGCCUACCUCGUCGCCAGACAAAUCUUCCUCCUCCUCCUCAGAACUUAGCAACCACCAAACAAGUAGUCAGCGUGUUCUUCGCAGUUCCGUUAGAAAAAUUAGUUCUGGUAGUAACUCUGAUGGUACUUCAUCGAAACGCUCCUUGAAAUCCGCAGACUGCGAUUUCGAGUGGGAUCUAUCAUCAAAUGGACAAAAAUCUGCCACGCUGACGACGCUCCCAUCAGUACCAAGUACCUCGACCUCUAAUGUGAAAAAUCGUGGAAACGCUAAUAGUCAUGCGAGGAAUGAAUCAAGCGGUUCCUCCGGCAUCAGUUCAGGUGUCGAUGAAGAUGAAGAUCAGUCCACUUUGAGUAGCAAAUUCAACUUUGACGAAGUCGUGACAAACAAAUUUUGGUACUAUUUGUUCAAGUUUGGGACUCAACUAGGAGACGAGGUCUUCUACUCCUGUUGGUUUUCAUUCUGGUUUUGGAAUAUCGAUGGAGCUGUAGGGAGAAGAGUUGUAAUGAUGUGGGGAAUUCUAAUGUAUAUAGGACAAGGACUGAAGGAUAUUAUCCGAUGGCCGAGACCAAUGUGCCCUCCCGUUGUAAGACUUGAAAAGAAAUGGGAAAUGGAAUACGGUCUCCCAUCAACCCAUGCAGUUGUGGGGGCUGCAGUACCGUUCGCUACAAUAAUUUUCACAUCGUCUCGAUAUCAGUAUCCGAUUGAAUUGGGCGUUAUUGGAGCCGUACUUUGGUGUACGAUAGUUUGUAUGAGUCGACUAUACCUUGGAAUGCACUCAGUCCUUGAUAUAUUGGCUGGUCUAAGUCUCGUCAUAACCAUGUUUGUACCUGCAAUUCCUCUUGUCGAUUGGCUAGAUUCGUUAAUUUUACAGAACGAAUUUGGAGGAUUAGGUUUGUUCCUAAUGGGUGUAUUCCUCUGUUUCUGCACCCCUGGAGGAGAUCGCUGGUCUCCAGCAAGGAGUGACACUUUUGUGAUUUUGGGAAGUUGCGUAGGACUUAUUGCUGGUCAAUGGUUAAACUUUCAACUAUCAAUCAUUCGUGGACCACCACUCGAUCCUCCCUAUCAAAUUUUGUGGCCUUCAUACUCCAUGUUGGGACUUUCUCUUCUUCGUCUUAUCAUAGGGUUAUGCAUUAUCGUCGCCUCUCGAGCUAUUAUGAAAUCAACCCUUUACACCUUCUUUUACAAGCUGUUGAAAAUUACGAAACGAAAUGACCUUAAUAAUGCGUCGAAGCCCGAAAUAUUUGCCGAAUUAAGUUCCAAAUACUUAACCUAUGUUUUCAUUGGCUUACACGUAACAUUUGUUGCGCCUUCGGUCUUUAGACUCAUGGGAAUUCAACGUCCCACAUUCCACACCGAAAUAUAGACUUUUGGAACCUUUCUCCAUAAAAAAACUAAAUGUAUUUACACCAAUAUUAUUGUUAUUACUAUUAUUAAUAUGCGAACAAACCGCUGUGCAUUGACAUAGACAACUUAUGUAACUUACACAAGGAAAUAAUAGCCUGCGUUAUUGCUACCGACCAAAAAGUUAACUCUUGUACAUGUAUAAAACUGUGAACUGCCUGAAUCUAGUUACAAUCUUGAAAAUAGUAAAAAUGUUAUGUAGUAAAUUGUACCACACGCAUAUAUACAAAGAAAAAUAUACAUGAAUAACGUAUAAACAA